AUCUUAUUUUUCAGAUUAUUAAUAAAAAUGGAAAGAUGUAGAAUAUUCUAUAAGUUUUCUAUAAAUAUUAUUGUAUUUCUAUGUUUGCUCGUUGCAAGUGAUGGACAAGAUAGCUCACAGAUGGCGCCAGAGGGAGGAUUUUUAAAACGAGAAUACAGUUUAACGAAGCCAUAUUCAAGUAAUGGAAUGACGAUGCCAUUCUGGGAUUUUCGAGAUCGUACGAUGUUAACGAACAAUUUUAUCCGGCUUACCUCGAACCACCAAGCUGAGGUCGGAUCCGUGUGGAAUAAAAUUCCGUUAUACCUGCGCGACUGGGAGAUGCAGGUUCAGUUCAAAGUUCAUGGUGGAGGUCGUACACUGGGUGCCGAUGGGUUUGCGAUAUGGUACACCAAGGAGCGCAUGACACCGGGUCCAGUGUUUGGGAGCCGCGAUGAAUUCCAUGGGUUGGGAGUUUUCUUCGACACUUAUAAAAAUGGACCACAAGCUGUGACCUUCCCACAAAUAACAGCGAUGGUCGGCAAUGGUUCGGUGAAAUACGAUCAUAUGACAGACGGAAAAUCGAACGCCAUCGGAAGCUGCCUCGCUUCGUUCAGAAACAAAGAUUACGAUACUUUGGUUUCCAUUAAAUACGUCAAGGAAACUUUACAGAUUCGCUUAGAUAUCGACGGGUUGGGCGAAUGGCGAGAAUGUUUCUCGAUGCCCGGGGUGAAACUUCCCACCGGGUAUUUCAUCGGGAUGUCGGCAGCUACCGGCGAUCUCGCAGAUAACCACGACUUGAUCAACGUGAAGUUCUUCCACAUGGAUGCGGGGAGGUCGGCUGAGGAGGAAGCGGAGGAUUGGUCAACAGUGUUGCCGGGUGUUAGUUAUCUUAAACCUCCGAUCGACAACCGCGACGACGUUGGAUCAGGAGAUUUUCGAAAUUCUUCGGUUUCUGGUUUCAAAUUAUUUUUAUUGGUGGUUUGCAUUUUGCUUGGGGUUGGGGUAUGCGUUGUGGUGGGGGUGGUCGUGUUCCAGAAACGCCAAGCGCAAAAUAGGAAAAGAUUUUAUUAAUUUCUUGCGGAAUUCGUGAAAUUCGUGAAAACGCACAGUGGUCGAUACGUGACGUUUAUUCCAUAAUAAUGGCCAUUGUUGAGCAAGUGUAUUUAAACAAUGCAUAUUGUUAUGUAUUUAUGAAGCAAAGUACUUAAAUAAUUAGCUUAUUCAUUAAUUAUCGUCAAUUACCUGCAGUAUCUCGUUAGCCAAUUUAAUCGGAAAAUAUUCUAAUUCUCGAAACACUGUGUGCAACAAUGGACAUUUGGUUUUACACAUUUUAUAAUAUUUCUAUGCUUGGACCUUUUGAAGUUUCAACGUUUGAUCAAAAUUAACGAGAUGUUUCCGCGUGCCUUCGAAUGCAGUCGUAUUAAACUCCCAACCAACAAA